CCUCUCUCUCUCUCUAAUAAAUAAAUAAAUAUUUUUAAAAAUCAAGAAGAGCCACUGCGGGCCGCUCCAGCUGGAGCUUUGCUCGGCCACCUCCAUGCAUUUGGCCAACAGGCUCUGGGAGCGCCCACUGAGUGCCCUGGGAGCCAGCGGUUGGUGGCCCUCACCAGGUACCCUCCAAAGGGUCCAGGGGGACAGAAGUGGCUCUAAAUCCAGCACAGGAACAUUGAAGCCAGUUAAAGGAUUUACCAUGAAGCACAGAAGCAGGUGGCGCCAAACAGCGAGCCAUAGCCGGUCCGCCUUCCGCAAGUGGGGCAGGACUUCCUUCUCCCACUGCUGCUGGGUGGCGAUUUGUCAAAUUCAGUGUGAAAUGGAAUACACUGAAGGCAUUAGUCAGCAAAUGAGGGUCCCGGAGGAAUUAAAGGUAGCACCACCAAACGCUGACCUGGAGCAAAGAUUCCAAGAAGGAGUUCCAAAUGCCAGUGUCAUUAUGCAGGUUCCAGAAAGGACUGUUGUGGCAGGACGUGACGAAGACAUUCCAUUUUCAAGACCAGCCGAUCUUGAGCCUAUUCAGUCAACUCCCAUCAACCCUCUGGCACUAAAAACACCACCUCGGGUACUCACACUAAGAGAAAGACCACUGGAUUUUCUGGAUUUAGAAAGACCGCCUCCGACCCACGUUGGUAGGCUAAAAAGAGAGCACUCUAGGACUGAGCGUGCUGUUCACCAAAACGGACAGCUGCUCAGAGCGGACUGCGGGCACGGCACGUCACUUACAGACGCAACAACAGAAGGAGCUUCCGGUGACGUGACUGGUGACGCAGCUUCGUUAAGACGACAGAUAAUCAAAUUAAAUAGACAUGUACAACUUCUAGAAGAGGGGAACAAAGAGCGCAAUGCAAGAGAUAUGGCCGUGUGUUCAACUACUCUAAUGUUCUGGCUGCUUAGUAGCUAG